CCUCCGCGGCCUCCGUCGUAGGACUCGGGGACGUAGGUGGCGGCAGUCGGCCAUAUUGUCUCUGAUACAGCAGAAAUCACACACUGGCACGGACACACCGGCGACGGAGGGAGGCGAGGAGCGUUGGCCGGACGAAACUCAGCUCAUUGGGAAGCAUUUCGGUCGUCGAAUUGAUCAAGGGGCUAUCCCACCGUGCCCCUGGUGGCCCCUUCCCCCGUCCUCAGGCAAAGCCCCCCCCCCCAAACCCCUUGCCCUGUUGGCUUCAGCCCCCCUCAUCCCCUACCUUCCCUCCUGUUCCUCCCUCCCUCCCACCCGUCCUCCCUGUACUCCAACUGUCCUCCGCUGCAGUAAGGUCUCCCCACCAUCUCUGCCAAGCUGUCGGACAUGUCAGGACCCGUGCCUAGCCGGGCCCGAGUGUACACCGAGGUCAACACUCAUCGGCCCAGGGAGUACUGGGACUACGAGUCUCACGUAGUUGAAUGGGGAAACCAGGAUGACUUUCAGUUGGUGCGGAAGCUAGGGCGUGGCAAGUACAGCGAAGUCUUUGAGGCAAUCAACAUCACCAAUAAUGAGAAGGUGGUGGUAAAGAUUCUCAAGCCUGUGAAGAAAAAGAAGAUCAAGCGUGAGAUCAAGAUUUUGGAGAACCUGCGUGGAGGUCCUAACAUAAUCUCCCUCACUGAUAUCGUCAAAGACCCCGUGUCGCGGACACCUGCCUUGGUCUUUGAACACGUCAACAACACAGACUUCAAGCAACUGUACCAGACCCUGACAGAUUAUGACAUCCGGUUCUACAUGUACGAGAUCCUCAAGGCCCUGGACUACUGCCACAGCAUGGGAAUCAUGCAUAGAGAUGUGAAGCCACAUAAUGUGAUGAUUGAUCAUGAACACCGCAAGUUGCGCCUUAUUGACUGGGGGCUGGCAGAGUUUUACCACCCAGGACAGGAGUACAAUGUCAGAGUGGCCUCCCGCUACUUUAAAGGACCUGAGCUCCUGGUGGACUAUCAGAUGUAUGAUUACAGUCUGGAUAUGUGGAGCUUGGGCUGUAUGUUGGCGAGCAUGAUCUUCAGGAAGGAGCCCUUCUUCCACGGCCAUGACAACUAUGACCAGUUGGUGAGAAUAGCAAAGGUUCUAGGGACUGAAGACCUCUACGACUACAUCGACAAGUACAACAUUGAGCUGGAGCCUCGCUUCAACGACAUUCUGGGAAGGCAUUCUCGUAAGCGGUGGGAGCGUUUUGUCCACAGUGAGAACCAGCACCUGGUCAGCCCAGAGGCUCUAGAUUUCCUCGACAAGCUGCUGCGCUACGAUCACCAGGCCCGGCUGACAGCCCGCGAGGCCAUGGAUCACCCUUACUUCUUCCCCAUUGUGAAAGAUCAGUCUCGUGUGGCCGGAUCAGCCAACCUGCCCAGUGGGAACACAGCUGUCAGCACAGCCAGCAUGAUCACUGGUAUCUCUGCCUUGCCAGCCUCCACUGCCCUGGGCCCUCUCACUGGCUCGCCGGUCCUGUCUGCUGCCACCAACGCCCUGAGCACCCCGGUGCCCGCUGCUGCCGGCGCCCCGCAGUGACACCCCUCCCAAAUCCACACUUGCCCCCACCCCACCCCCCCAGUGUCCUCUCUCUCUCUCUCCAAAUCUCUCCCACCUCUACCACUACCCAACCCAGGGGGGGAGGAGAAACUAGACAGGUGCCAGCCCUCACCACAUCCAACUUAACUCUGCGCCUCACCGACCUCCUGGUUGGAGGAAAAGAAAACUUUUUUUUGUUUGUUUUUUUUCCUCCUCGAACGAACGUGUUAACCUGACAUCUGAAAUCGAAUGUUCUGUGUUACUGAAUAUACAGGUAUUCCUUUCAUUUUCCCACAAGUCGUAGUGAAUACAAAGGGGGUGUGUGUGUUUGUGUGGUGAGUCUGAGAGCGAGCAUCUGUGGCUGACCCCCCCCUGUUGUUUCAGUUUGAAUUGUGAAGGCAGGGGUCAAUAAGUACAUCAGCAGAAGGCAAAAGAAAGAAGUUGGCAAUCAGGACCAAAAGGAGCACAUCCUGUAUAGUUUACUACUGCAGCGUCAUCAAAAACAAGACCUGAUGAGAACACUUAAUGUACCUCCCCAGAUGAGUCUAAACACCCUCCAGAUCACAGCAUUUUGGAAGUGUUUGGUGCUGUUCUGUGCUCCAGGUGUAUGUGACACUUCAACACUUACUCUGCCUGUAGUAGUUUUGUCUUGCCUUUCUUACCAGACCAGAUCACCAGUCUUCUUUUGAUAAUGCGACUUCCCCCGUCAUCAUGUCAUCGGUUGUUAAUUUGUUUUGUAUCGAAAUGUUCUGGACUGCUGGAUAAGGUUCAUUUGACAUCAAGUGGUUUGAUCAACUCUAGUGUUGUACUAUGAUCUCUUUAAGAAGCCAGGUAUGGUUCAUUCAGGUUCUCAAAGAAAUGGUUUCUCAAACGUGCUGCUUUCCAGUUCCUUGAAUUACUUCAAGUGGCUUUUCUUGAAUUACUUCAAGACAUAACCAAAGUUUACUCGGUUGGAAGAAGAGACUGACCAAACCUAGUUUUGUGUUGUGGGAGUUCCUCAUGCUGUAACACAGGUUGACAGUUUGGGUUCUAGUGAAUAAGAUGACAACAAUAAUCAUCUGCAGGUGACUAAAGUGCUGUUAGUGUUGGAGGAAAGUUCCGUCGUGUAGUGACAUGGGUAAGCUUUGUGACGAGUGUUACAAUUUACUUGCUUUCACCAACAUGUUUAGGGAAGUAUUGAAGUUGAAAUGUUGAAUAGCACUUGAAGGGUAGACUUCCCCACCCCCGCUCCCAGUGUUUUAGUGCCAGAGUUUGAAAGUAAGUUUUAGACCCUGCUGUACAUAUGCAUCUUUUUUUUUUUUUUUUUUUUCAUUUCAAAACCUGAAAAUGCAAA